AUGGCUAACAUCUCCAUCCUCUCUCUUUCUCUAAGCUUCCUCUUAGUUUUCCAUGGCUGCCUUGCUUUACGCCCUUUCCAGCAGCAGCAGCAGCAAAACCAGUGCCAGAUUCAAAGAAUCAAUGCUCUUCAACCCAAUGAACGAGUUCAAGCUGAAGCUGGGUGGACUGACUUCUUUGAUUCCAGCAACCAGCAGUUCCUGUGUGCCGGAGUGGAGGUCAUCCGCCACCAUAUCCAACCACAAGGGCUUCUUUUACCUUCUUACGUAAACACUCCCCUCAUGGUCUACAUUGUACAAGGGAGGGGUUAUCAAGGAACUAUGUUACCUGGGUGUCCGGAGACAUUCCAGUCAUCGCAACAACUUCAGGAGGGAAGUGAAUCGUUCCAAGAUCGCCACCAGAAGAUCCGCCAUUUCCAGCAAGGUGAUGUGGUGGUUUUCCCCGCCGGAGCUGCUCACUGGAUGUACAACGACGGACAAGAGGAAGUUAUUGCUGUUGCUUUGCUCGACUCCACUAACUCAGCAAACCAGCUUGACCAGUUCCACAGAAGAUUCUUCCUUGCUGGAAACCCACAACAAGGACAAGGACAACAACAACAACAAAAAGGAGGAAAAACAUGGGGGAGGAGUCAGAAAGGACAGUCACAGGAGGAGGGUUCCGGCAACAUUUUCCGUGGCUUCGAUCUUGAAAUGCUUGCAGAGGUAUUCAAUGUCGACCAAGAGACAGCUGAGAAACUUCAAAGUCCAGAUGACACCAGAGGUCACAUUGUGAAGGUGGAAAGAGGUCUUCAAGUUAUCAGGCCACCAAUGAAGAGUGAGCAACAAGAACAAAGAGGCCGUGGAGGUGCCGCUAAUGGUUUCGAAGAGACCAUUUGCUCAGCUAAGAUGACACACAACAUCGACGAUCCUUCACGUGCAGAUUUCUAUAACCCACAAGCUGGAUGGUGCAACAAUCUCAACAGUUUCAAACUCCCCAUCCUCCAAAUGCUUCAACUCAGUGCCGAAAGGGGAGUUCUUCGCAGGAAUGCUAUAGUGUCGCCACACUGGUUGAUGAAUGCACACAGUAUAAUCUACGUGACAAAGGGAGACAUGGGGAUGCAGAUAGUGAACCACGAGGGACAAACAGUGUUCGACGACCAGAUCCAGGAAGGGCAGCUAGUGGUGGUGCCACAGAACUUUGCGGUGGUGCAAAAGGCAGGCGAACAAGGGUGCCAAUGGAUAGCUUUCAGGACCAAUGACAACGCCAUGAUUAACACCUUGGCUGGUCAUACUUCUGCUCUAAGGGCUAUGCCGGUGAAUGUGAUUGCAAACGCAUACCAGAUGACGCCGGAACAAGCAUGGAGCUUGAAGUUUAACAGGAAGGAGACGGUGAUGUUCAGCCCGACGUCGAGGUCUUCCGGGAGGUCUAUUGCUGCUUAA